AUGAAAUUACCAUUCCCACCUGAAAUAGUUCAAGCGGAUUUUCUCGUUUGGGCAGGAAGUACAAGUGUUGGACAGUGUGUCAUUCAAUUAGUCAAAUCAAUCGGUUGCUAUGUGAUUACAACAGCAUCGCCACAACGUCAUGAAUAUUUGAAGGGACUUGGUGCUGAUGUGUGUUUCGAUUACAGAGAUCCUAAUGUCGUUUCGUUAAUUAAACAAGCAGCACAUGGAGAUUUAGCUUAUGCAUUCGAUUGUUUCUCCGAACUAGAAUCUACUAAACAAGUUUGUGCAGCAUUAACUGCGAAAGAUUCGCAAUUAGUAACAGUUCUGCCUUUUAUCCGAACGGAAUUACCGCCACAUAUAAGAGAACAUCGAGUGUUAAUGUACACGAUAUUCGGUAUCGAGAGAAAUCUCUUCGGACAAUUCUAUGCUCAACGACAACAAGAUAAAGAAUUUGCAGAGAAAUUCUAUAAAUUAUUAUCAACUUAUUUUUUGCCUAAAGGUCUAUUAAAACCUAAUCGAGUUACCAAAAUACCUGGUGGAUUGAAUGGCAUUAAAGAUGGAUUUAAAAAGAUGAUUGAUAAUCAAAUUGCAGCAGAAAAAUUAGUCUAUACCAUAGCUGAAACCGAUGACUCGUCGUUAUCAUGGUUGUGUUGUCGGAGAUUAUUUUCAAAUCAUAUCUCAUCUUCUUAUGAAAAUUAA